AUGUCUGUGAACGUUCCUACCAAUACCAAGCAGAAGGAGAAGGAUAUCAACCAGAAGCUUCAAUUGUUUGGUAUCUACCAUGCCUUCAAGAACAGCAAGCUCCCCUCGAACAAGCAAUGCGACAUCGCUUUGAACACUGCCUUAAAUUCCAAGGCCCUCACAUCUCCCCCUAGUGAGCUCUCAUCGGACGGAAAGACCCUUGUGGCAGACCUGCGCAAUGUCAUCGAUGCAGCGAAAAAGAUGCUUUUGGUCAAGAACGAGGGUGAACUGAUUCAGGACUUUGUUUGGCAAGCUCAGAAGAUCACUGCCGGUGAUGCUCAGCGUCCCGAACUCCCUGUAAACAAGGAUAUUGGCCAGCAAGAUGCGAACAAGGUCGUGGAUGGCCUGAAGACCCUAGGAACACUCAUGAUCACCAACGGAGAGUUCAGGAAAUUGUUGAGUGAUGCUAUGACACUUGGCAAGGACAUUGCUGCCGAUGCUUCCCAAAUGGCUGCCAACCAGGUCCGCCCCUCAGAAGAGGAUCUUGCACGGAUCGACACUCCUGCAGAGGAUAACGUGUGGCACGAAAAGCCCAACAUCUCCAAGGAGGAUUUGAAGUCGAAGUUCAAGAAGAACAAGGCUGAUAGGGAAAGCAUUGCUUCCGCUUCCGUCGCCGAGAAUGAUUCUGCCAUCUCAUCAAAGAGCAAGACCAAGGAGUAUGCCGACAAGACCAAGAACUACCUCUCUGAGAAGGUUCCCAAGGAGCGUCGUGAACAGACUAUCUGGCGCCUGAAGAAAAUGGUCAUUGAGAUCCAGGGCCAUGGUGAUUACCAACAAGCUGUUGAGACCUUGCUAAGCAUGGCUGAGCAAUAUGCUGGACAUACCAAGGAUGUCUCCAAGCAGGGCGAAAGCGCUACCCGUGACGUCUUGAAGACGGACAGUGUCCAGGACGUUCAGCAUAACUUGCGCACUCUUAUCGAGCGCUUUGCCAACAACACCUCCCUAGACAGCUUCUUUGACUCGCUGAACACCAUCUACCGCGACGCUGAGCGUGAUCCAGAACUCCGAAACUGGUUCAAGGGCGUCAAUAACUUGAUCCGAAAAUCUCUACGUGAGCAGGGCUUUAUCAUGGAGGAUGAGUGCAACCGCCAAUGGAACGAGCUCUACGACAAGGGCCGUUACCUUCUGCGUGAGCGUUAUCGUGGCCACUCUGACCGUAUCGUCGAGGAGAUCAAGUUCUUGGCCGACCAAUUCGAGAGGGACCCCCAGAACCAGGCCCUCGCUGAGGCGUUCCAGAAACUGUUCAAGGAUCUGGGCCGUGACGCCGAGGGUCAGGUCACCUUCAAGCCGGAUCUUUUGAGAGAUCUCCGCGAUGUCAUCAUUCCCAGGAUUUUCGAGAACGUCCGCUACGUUCCAAUUCCUCGUAUUGAGGUUGCCGAUCCCAUGGUUGAUGUUGUCGUCGAGAAUCUGUGCAUUGAGAGUGACAAUCUGAUGCCCAAUGUUGUGGAAUUCGGCAGCGAUAACUACUUCCGCUGGGGACGCAAGAAGAUCUCCAACAAGCGUGACAACAAGAUCAUGAUUUCCAUGUCUGGUAUUCAGGCAGAUUUACGCGAUGUCAGCUACUACAUCAAGAAGAAGGAGGGUUUCCCCACCAUCACCGACCGCGGUAUCAUGGACAUCUUCCUCGGUGGUGAAGGUCUUAGCAUCAAGAUUGCCGCUUCGACAGCCCAGAAGAAUGACAAGGAGCACUUCGUCAAGCUGGAUAAGGUCAAUGUGACUAUCAAGAAUAUGGAUAUCAAGUUGAGGAAGUCUGGCCACAAGCUUCUCUUUAACACCUUCAAGCCUAUGCUGUUCCGCGUGGUUAGGCCUGCUCUGCAAAAGGUGGUCGAGGGACAGAUCCGCGAGGGCUUCAGGAAGGGCGACCUCUUCGCUAAGGACAUCCACACCGAGGCUUUGCGGGCCCAGGAAGCUGCCCGUGAAGACCCCGAGAAUGCCCCCACAAUCUUCUCGCGCUACGCUGAUGCCAUCCGGGCUCGCGCCCAGGCCCAGGCCAAACAGGCCAAGGGUGCUGUGAAGCGCGACACCCAGGUCCAGACGGUUAUGACCCUUCACGAUUCCAUCUUCCCCGAAGUCGAGCUCCCCGGUGGUGUCUCCAGCAAGGCGACUGAAUACGCCGAGCUGGCCGCCAAGGGCAAUCGCUGGGAAUCCCCCAUCUUCAGCCUCGGCGACGCUUCCGAGUCCACUGGCAUCCCGUCCGCGGGCCCCAUCACCAACAAGCCCCACGGUACUAGUACCCACGGUGCAGGUGAGACCGGAGUUGCUUCCGCUGCGGGUGCCUCUGGCGUCACCACUGCCGCCGCCUCCAGCACUGCCAGCGCCACCAACGGCAAUAAGCCCACGGAAUACCAGGCCCGUGGCUUCUCCGAUGAGGUUGACAAGGCCUUCGUCAAUGGCAAAGGUCAGAACUUGGGUGAUACCAUCAAGCAUGCCGCCAACGGUGCCACUAAUGGCACCAACGGUAUUACCGCCCACGCCAACGGCACCACUGCUUAA